AUGGAGUUGGGGAAGCAUAUGAUGGCUUUUCCCAAGUUGGAGUCAUUGUGUUUAUAUGAAUUACGAAGUAUGGAGAAAAUAUGUAACAGUUUGCUUACCAAGACCUCCUUCUGCAAUUUAAGAACCAUCAAGAUCAACAUUUGUUGCCGAUUGAAGAAUCUCUUCCCCUUUUCAAUGGUGGGACAUCUUACAAAGCUUGAAAUAAUUGAAGUUUCUGAGUGUGAUUCUUUGCAAGAGAUUGUUGUUGUGGAAAGACAAGAGAUUACAUGCAAUGAUGUGGUAGAAGAUAACAUUGAGUUUCCUCAAUUGCACACCUUGACAUUGCAAUCUUUACCAAUAUUGACUAGUUUGUGCACUAAUGAGAAUAUGCUUCCAAUAGGAGAUGAGCAAAGUUCCACUUGUGUUCCAGCACUCUUCAACAUGAAUGGGAUUGUGGUCUUCCCUCAAUUGAAGAAAAUGGAAGUCUCCGAUAUGGAGGAAUUGGAAACUUUAUGGUUAGAAACAACGCGUUCAAAAGUAGAACCAAUUCUCAAUGCAAUUGAACAGCUGAUAUCCAAAUUGGAGGCCAUGGGAAUAGGCCCAAGGGAAAUGGAGUGGCUGCAGGGCUGUGUUGUUAAUGAUGUUUAUCAAUUGCACAAUAUAAAAGCAUUUUACUUGGAUGGAUUGAGGAGUUUGGAGAUGUUAUUUUGGUUUCUUCAGAGAACUCCUAAUCUAGAAAACCUGUUUUUGGUCAGGUGUCUCAACAAAGAGAUGUUAUCUAGUGAAAGCCUUGUUGCCUACGAAAAAGUUGGGACUGUUGUACAUCUGAAGAGUUUGAGAUUGUGGUACUUUCAUGUUGUACAGAACAUAGGCUUCCUAAAUCACCCUAUUAUCCAAAGGGUUGAGCAGCUAUACCUGGUUGAUUGUUCUGGUUUGGUCACUUUAUUUCCUUCCUCAAUAUCUUUCACUCACUUGACAUAUUUGGAAGUUAGCAGGUGUACAAGAUUAAAGAACUUUAUGACACCAUCCACUGUGAAAUCAUUGGUUCAACUUAUUGGAAUGAAAGUCUCUCAAUGUGAAAUGAUGGAAGAAAUUGUGAUGGAGGAGGGAAAAGGAGCUGAUGAGAUUGUUUUCAGUAAAUUGAAAAGUCUGCAACUUGUGUAUUUAAGAAACCUCAAAAGUUUCUGCAGCUCCAAGAAUGGGCUUGCCUUUAAGUUUCCGUCCCUUGAAAAAUUGAUUUUAAGGGACUGCCUUAAGAUGGAAAAUUUCUGCGAGAAAAUCACAAGCAUUCCAAAGUUAAAGAAAGUCGAAGUUGUAGAAGAAGAGGGGGAGAAAUGGUAUUGGAAAGGUGAUCUUAAUACUACAAUCAAACAGAUUUUCAAGGAUAUGGUUUUUUUUGAAUACACUGAGGACUUGCAGCUUUUUCAACACCCUGAGUUAGAAAAAAACUUGGAAAAUUUGAAAAUAGGUUCCAGCCCAAUGGAGGUUAUUUUUGAUAUAGAUGAAUUAAUGAAAAUGAAUGCAGAUUUCUUUCACUUGAAAAUAUUGACUUUGGAUGUGCUGUCAAAUCUAAAGUGUGUGUGGAGCGAGGAUCCUCAUGGACUUGUCAGCUUUCCACAUCUUAAAGAAGUAGUUGUUAAAGAUUGUGUGAAUCUGGAAACUCUUUUGCCAGCGUCGAUGGCUGAAAAUCUAGUGAAACUUGAAAUAUCCAAAUGUUAUGCAUUGGUAGAAAUUUUUGGAAAGGAUGCAAAACCAACAUUUAAACAAAGUAAUACUUUUCAGCUGCAAAGUUUGACCUCUUUGUUUCUGUAUGAUUUGCCGAAGCUCCAGUGCUUUUAUCCUGGGAUGAGCAUUUUAGAAUGCCCCAAGUUAGGGCUUUUACGGAUUCUUAAGUUAUUGUUUUACAACUUGAAAAAUUUGCUCAUAAAUGAAUGUCAUGGGUUAGUUUUUCUGAUGCCGAGCUCGGUAGCCAAAACUUUGGUGCAACUUGAGAAGAUGGUCAUAGAGGAUUGCAAGUCAUUGGAGCAAAUAGUGUCUCCAGAGAUAGGCACAUCUGCUUCAGAUAAGAUAAUAUUUGAGAAACUAACAACCUUAACGCUAAAUUCUUUGUCAAGCCUUGUGACAUUUAGUUUAAGGAAUGUUGCCUUAGACUUUCCAACACUACAUGUUGCAACGAUAUGUGAUUGCCCGAUGAUGAAAAUUUUCUCUCAAGGAGACAUUUGGGCACCUAACUUUAUGGCAAUUCAAGCAUCACUGGACCCUUAUGAUCUGCACUACUUUAAAGAUCUUAAUUCCACAGUAGAAAAGUUGUUCUGGGAUCGGGUACGUGAUGUACAAGAUUUGAAACUUGGAGAUCACCUCGAGCUAGAAGAUGUAUGGCAUGGUGUUUUUGACAUCCCAGAAAUGGGUUUCAGCAAAUUGAAGUCUUUGGUAAUGGAGCGUUGCAAAAUUUGUCUGGUUAUUCCUUUUCAUUUACUUCCUUACCUUAGCAAUUUGGAAGAAUUGGAAGUAAGAAAUUGUGACUCUGUGAAGGCAAUAUUUGAUGUGAAAGGUUUCUCAAGGAAUGGUAUGAAGGUGAUAGAUUCAGGACCAACAUCCCCCUACUCUCUUCACUUGAAGAAAUUGAUCCUGGAAAAGCUGCCAAAUCUGGAUCAUAUCUGGAAUGAUGAUCCUCAAGGAAUCCUUAGCCUUCAGUGUCUGCAACAAGCUUGUGUUGAUGGAUGUAAAAGCAUUAAAAGUUUGUUUCCAACAUCAGUGGCCAUAGAUAAACUUGAAAAACUUGAAGUGAAAUGUUGUGAAGGAUUGGAGGAGAUCAUCGCAAAGGAUAAGACAGAGGAGUUACCUGAGCUCAAGUAUUUUUACUUGGGACUGCACCACUUGGAAUGGCCACAUUUAAAUCAACUAGAUGUGUAUCAUUGUAGCAAGAUGAGGACAUAUGCAACAGAAUUUCUUAGUCACUUGCAUGAAGGACAUUCAAUGGAUCAACAAGCCAUUGUAUUGGUUGAAAAGGUUGUCCCCAAGUUGGAAGAACUGUUAUUAAGCGAGCACGACAUUAUGAUGUUUUCACAUGAAAAGUUUGUUGAGAGCCUCUUUAAGAGUAUAAGAUGUCUUAAAUUGAUGUGUUUUCAUGGUGACCAAACAGCUUUUCCAUAUAUAUUCCUUCGGAAGGCAAGAAAUAUAGAAAAACUCCUUGUGGGUUGUAGUCGUUUCAGAGAGAUUUUCCCUUCUGAAAGACCUCAGUUUAGCUCUAUUUCACAAUCAGAUGAUUCAGAGCCCUUCACCCUUCAAGCAUUUAUUUCUGGAGUCCUUUCACAUCUGAGAGAGCUUGAACUGAAUAAUCUGCCAGACUUGAUAGCUAUAGGUUUAGAGUAUUCAUGGCACUCAAUCCCUGGUGUGCUUGAAUCCUUGCGAGUUGUGGGAUGUUCCAGUUUGAUUUACUUAGUACCAUCGACUGUAUGUUUCUCCAAUCUGGUGGAUUUGACUGUAAAUGAAUGUCAGAAAUUGGAGUGUUUGUUCACAUUCUCAACGGCCAAAAGUCUGACUUUACUCAAGAACAUAUCCAUAAGCAGGUGCGAUUCAAUGAAAGAAGUAGUAGCCGAAGAGGUUAAUCAUGUUUUGGCCAACGAAGACAUCAUUAUAUUGCACCACUUAGAGGCUCUGUCUCUUUACUCUUUACCAAAACUAGAAUGGUUUUACCCAGGGAGUUCCACUUUGAAAUUUCCAUGCUUACAUAAUCUUUCAGUGAAUGAAUGUAGCAGAAUGAGAAUUUUCUGCCCAAGAAGUCACCCAAUUGCGCCCCAAUUGCCUUGCGAUCUCAAUGAUGAAAUACAAAAGGCACAUGAUGCAAAAGAAGAAGAGAGAGGGCCAGAUGUUCAUCAUGGGACAUUCUUAAGAAAAUUGGAUUCGUUGGCAUUUCACACUUGGAAAAUUUUAUCCAAUGCAAUGGAUCAUAUUCUCCCCCAUCGGGAAUAUAGUGUGAUACCUUCGAGUUUCUUCCCUUGUGAAGAAAAAAAUGAACUUCUUUUAGAAGCGGUAAAGUUAUUUGAACCUGAUAAAUUGCCAAGCGAUCUAAAUGCUGGGAUGCAAGAGGCGCGUGAUACUGAAACUCUGCUUUCUCAAUGUGUACAAACUUUGUCUCCUUUGGAUUGCUCCAUUGAAGAGGACAGUAAGCCACCAGCAGAUGUUAAUCAUGGGGCAUUAUUUAGAAAAUUGGACUCCUUUGCAUUUCAUGCCAGGAACAUUUUAUCACAUGCAAUGGAUCAUAUACACCCCCCUCAAGAAUAUGAUUUCUCUUGUGAAGAAAAUAGUGAACUUCAUGUACAAGCGAUGCAGUUGUUUGGACCUUCCCAAAAGCUUCAAGAAAAUUCUUAUGAUAAUUGGUGA